AUACUCGGAACACAAUUGGCUUUGUAAAUACAACAAAAAAAUAUUUGGCAUAUUGGAAAUACAUAUACUUCAAAAUUUUAAACAGCUUAAUCUUAGUAAGCAAAAAUGCCCCCCAAAGGUCCCGGUAAGAAGAAGAAGGACGUGGACUGGGCCGACGAUGAGCACUUUUCCAAGGAGCGUUCGAUGAUCUACAUAGAGCACACCUACGAGUGCCCCAUUUUUCAGACCAAGGCCGACGAGUGUGGAGCGUUCCUACAGCAGCGGAUUCCUGAGCGGAAGUUCCAGUUGGUGAAGAACAAGUAUGGACGCCAGGUGCCCCGGGAAGGGGCCUUCGAGAUAGGCUUCUCGCAGAAUGCCCGCACCUCCGUGCACCUUUUGUGGUCUGGCCUGGACAAAGGACCUCCACGGCGGGACAAGUUCCCCAUGGACUACGAGACACUCGUUCCCGAUGUCAACAGGAUCCUUAAGAAAUUCUAUCCCGACAAGGCGGUGGGCGUGCUCGAAGAAGAUGAGGACGAACAGAGGGAAGAUGACAUGUAAACAUAUUAUAUUUUUACUCUAAAUUAUAAAGUGUUUACCAUAACAAUGGCUAAUAUAAGGCGUGAAAAGUAAACAAUCCAAACCAGAGACCUGUUGGAGCAACUUUAAGACGUCAUCCACCCACACGGGUGGAAAUGCUCAGCGAUUAGUGCUUUUGUGUUCGGAAUAUUGCUAUCAUUGUUGUUGCCCCCCGCCAACU